AUGUCCGCUACCGCCUCAUUUCUGGAUAAUCCGCUGCUCAAGGUCAGCCGACCAGUAGCGGCUUGCUCAAGAUGCCGGACAGCGAAGAUCAAAUGCGACGGGAAGCUGCCGGCCUGUUCAGCAUGCGAAAAGGUCGGAAAGGCAAGGACGUGCUCGGGGGCUACCGAUGAGUUCGCCAAAGGGAAGGAGAGGAGCUACGUCGCGUCCUUGGAGGGCUACUGUGAAAGGUUGCAGAAGCAGAUCGCCCAGAUACGCUGCCAGCAAAGAACGGGCGCGAUCCGAGAGAGCUCCAUCACCUCGAUCUCAUCAGCGGGUUCCGUUGCCAAAGCCCACCAGAAAGAAGUCUCCGACAUUGAUGAUCUGGUCGGGGACUUUGGUUUCCUAUCGGUCAAUGCGACUUCACGAGACUUCCAUGGAAUCGAAUCCAGCACCUCGUUUGCAAAUCUGCUUCUCACGUUUUCGGUUGCUGUUCCGCUUCCCAAACCCUCGCCGCAUACUCUUCCCCCGCGCCAUGAAGCGUUGCGUCUGCUCCAAUACUAUUUCGAUCACAUCUUUGUCUGUAUGCCCUUCUUCAUCGAAACGAAAUUCUGGACGUCUGUCGACAGUGUGUAUCAGUCUGGAGGCCGAUUUGCCAAGCCUCUCGAUCACUGGUUUCUAUACCUAGUCCUGGCCAUUUCUUCUGCCUCCCUCUCGCACCAAUACGAUGAUGAGGACCAUCGCAGAGCGCUUUCACUUGUAUCAGCGGCCCUGCAAUAUGCAGAAGAUGUUCUUCGGCCUGGGUCCGUGGCUGGGAUUCAAGCGCUCCUGUUGCUUGUGCAAUAUGCGGUGGUUGACCCGAAGCACUUUCGCUCGUGGUACCUCAUCGGAAUGACUGUCAGAGUAAUGGUCGAUUUGGGUCUCCAUCAAGAUCCGCCAGCAGAGGUUGAAACAGACUCUCAUCGUCUCAGCAUCCGUCGUCGUGUAUUUCACUCUAUCUACUGCCUGGAAAGGGCCAUAAGUGUCGCUUUGGGGAGAGCCUUUUCCUUCUCAGAUGACUCUGUCAGUGUCGCUUUGCCUAAUGAUUACGCGCCAUCGAACCGGCCCAUAGAAGAGCAGAGCAUUUUAUUGCUGCAUAACCUUGCGCCUGCAUCCCACAUUAUCAAGAUCCGCCGAAUUCUUUCAGCUGCAUACUACACAAUGCAAUACAGUGGCCGCGAACCGCUGCCGCAGCCCCUGUCUUCGACUUGGUCUUGGUGCGCCAUGGUUCGGGAAUGGUUGGAUUCCUGUCUGAGCAGUGCUUCCCACCAUUUCUCUCUAUUGUAUCGGCUAGAAUCCCUAUACACCACCAUCAUCAUACUCUCGCCGAGUCACGGAUACCCAACAAUUUGUGACUACAAUAGGGUCUUACUUUUCGCGCAUUGCAUUGACUACAUCAGUCAACUCCACCAGGCCUUGGAGAACCCGCGGAGCUUCCCGUUCCUCUCCUACACUGAUAUCCAGCGAGCACAUCAAGUCGGACGGCUAUUCGUCCAGAGCCUAGACCAGGCUUUCAACUUGCUUCUAAGCCGGUCGGUACCAGUCCCUCCCCCGGUACCUUCAGGUGCCCCAGCCCCUCCUUACCUCGCCCCCGAAGACCGUAUCGAUUGUGUUGGUCGCUCAAUUCGAUGUCUGGAUUACAUCCGAGACCUCCUUGAAUAUGGCAUUAGAAAAUGGGACAUCCACGAGCCCUUGACUGAAUUUGAGGCGUUGUCUGUGCCCAUCAGAGAGAGGCUGAGACAGACGCAAAGCCAUAACCUAAUACCUGGAACAUCAUGGUACCUGCCUUCCUGA